AGCUUUGUUCCUUCUUGUCUAUAGUUAUUCCCCUGUCCUAGACCUUCCAGAACUGAUGGGAAACUCUGACCAAAUCCACCCCCUCCCCAAGAAUGGACUGAGCAUAAAGAUGGCAUGAGAGAUGCCAUCUUCCACCUUUGCAGCAUUCCAGGCUAUAUAACAAAAUCUGUGAGCUGGGACUGCAGACAACACAAUGGGAGGCACCUCAUGCCCUGGCUACAGGAAGCAGUCACGUGUGGACCCUUUAUUAGGCACUGCCAUAUAAGCUCAGGGCACAAGAGACCAGGACAUCCCUAGGCAAAGAUCAGCAAGCAAAGGCCAUGCUGACUGCAAUGUUGCUGAGUUGUGUUCUGCUGUUGGCACUGCCUCCCACACUGGGGGUCCAGAUGGGCGUGGCUCCACUGAAGGGCAUCAGAAGGCCUGACCAGGCUCUGUUCCCAGAGUUCCCAGGUCUAAGUCUGAAUGGCCUCAAGAAGACAACUGCAGACCGAGCAGAAGAAGUUCUGCUGCAGAAGGCAGAAGCUUUGGCGGAGGUGCUAGAUCCACAGAACCGCGAGUCUCGUUCUCCGCGUCGCUGUGUAAGGCUGCACGAGUCCUGCUUGGGACAGCAGGUACCUUGCUGCGACCCGUGCGCUACGUGCUACUGCCGCUUCUUCAAUGCCUUUUGCUACUGCCGCAAGCUGGGUACGGCCACGAACCUCUGUAGUCGCACCUAGCCAAUGGAUGUUGUUUGGGCAAAGGCAGGGGAUGAGAAUAAAGGAUGGGACGGUUUAACCU